CUCCUUACCAAAAUGUCGAACGAGCACAUGCAGCACCUUCAGUGCCAGACUUGCUUUGUCCACUUCCUAACAAAUCAGGAAUUGGUCCACCAUAUCGAAGAAUACCGAUCUGAGGAACGGCUACUUGUCGCUAAAUUAGAACGAUGUCGACUACACCUCGCUCAAUCCUACCAUAUCAACAGUGACAAUGAUGAUGAUGACGAUCGCGAAGGGGAGGACGAUGACCAUGAGCCUGCUGCUCGACCAGACCAACUUCAGUGUCCCUUUCGCGGAUGCAAAAGGGUGGAGCCAUUUACGACGCGAGGAAAUCUUGUCCGACACUUUCAAAAGCACAUUCAGUGCUUCGAAAUGUGUCCCUUCUGUCUCGAGAUUAUCAGACAAGUUCAUCGAUUUGUUAGGCACGAUUGCAAAAACGGCUCCGAGAAGUCGAAGGAUACAUAUAUGCAGCAACGGGUUGCACAACUCAACAGAAUGGUCAGCAAGGAGCUAGAUCGGUUACAAAGCCCUCCGAGUCAUACUAGAAAACGGGUCCACGGAGUUGUGGAUAGCAGCUCGACCAGGGCGCAGAAGAUGGUCAAGACGACACAAAUUUCUGUUCUUCCGGCAAACACAUCUUUGCAAUCCAAUAUGUCUGUCGUUCGUUCCAUGGCAACAGACGACAAGUUAACAUCUCCUUCUGAGACGAUGAAGGUUACGCCAACAAACACCACCGACGGGACGUUUGCUAAGGCAGCCACAAUGAGACCCUCGAACAAUGCCGAAUUGAUCUUUUCUUCCGAGACAACCAUAGGCAUGUCGGCGAACGACGGCGGGUGGGAAUUCGCAGCCUAA